CCAAGUCCCACUUCAGCUGUGCCAUACGUGUCAAUCAAAUGCAUUGAUGUACGAAAAAACCACCACAAAACCAAAUGGCUAAUGCCGUGGGGACCCAACCAGUGUGAGAAGAUCAAAGACUUCGAUGAGGCAGUGAGCAGGCAAAUAGAGGCCAAUGAUAUUGUGUUUGCUGUCCAUAUUCCUCUCCCCCCCAAUGAGAUGAGCCCCUGGUUCCAGUUUAUGCUCUUCAUCUUGCAGCUGGAUGUUGCUUUUAAGAUGCAUAAUGUCAUACAAGAUAAUGCAGAGAUUACGCUUGAUGUGUCCUUGGCGUAUCGUGAUGACAUGUCUAGUGAAUGGAAAGAAAUGGCACAUGCGAUAGAGACACGAAAACUAAAAUGCGCCUUUCAUUCUCCAAAAACGCCAGAAUCUGAAGGCCGUUACUACGACUGUGAUUUGCUCCCUUUCAUGGAGAUUGGAAGUGUGGCUCACAAAUUCUACCUCAUCAAUAUUCGACUCCCUGUGAAUGAAAGGAAAAAAAUUAAUUUAGGAAUUGGAGAAAUAAAGGAUAUUCGUUUGGUGGGUAUCCAUCAAAAUGGAGGUUUCACAAAGGUGUGGUUUGCCAUGAAAACCUUCCUCACGCCCAGCAUCUUAAUUAUCAUGAUCUGGUAUUGGAGGCGGAUCAAAAUGAUGACGCGUGCUCCUGUCUUGCUGGAAAAGGUUAUAUUUGCUCUUGGGAUCUCCAUGACAUUCAUAAACAUCCCAGUAGAAUGGUUUUCCAUUGGAUUUGACUGGACUUGGAUGUUGCUCUUUGCAGAUAUUCGACAAGGAAUCUUCUAUGCCAUGCUUCUGUCAUUUUGGAUCAUCUUUUGUGGAGAGCAUAUGAUGGAUCAAAAUGAGCGGAAUCGUCUCUCUGGGUACUGGAAACAGGUUGGACCCAUAGCUGUUGGUUCCUUCUGCCUUUUCAUCUUUGACAUGUGUGAGAGAGGGGUACAGCUGAAAAAUCCAUUCUACAGUAUCUGGACAACAGAUGUUGGCACGGAGCUGGCUAUGGCAUUUAUUAUAGUUGCAGGAAUCUGCCUUUGCCUCUACUUUCUGUUCUUGUGUUUCAUGGUCUUUCAAGUAUUCAGAAACAUCAGUGGGAAACAGUCCAGUCUCCCAGCAAUGAGCAAGGCUCGCAGGCUUCAUUAUGAGGGGCUGAUUUUUAGGUUUAAGUUUCUGAUGCUCAUCACUUUGGCUUGUGCAGCAAUGACAGUCAUCUUCUUCAUUGUCAGUCAGGUGACGGAAGGCCACUGGAAAUGGGGGGACCUCACAAUACAAGCGAACAGUGCUUUCUUCACAGGCAUCUAUGGGAUGUGGAACCUUUACGUCUUUGCUCUUAUGUUCCUAUAUGCUCCAUCACACAAGAAUUAUGGUGAAGAUCAAUCAAAUGUCUGCUUCACCAUGUCUGUAUCCUCCCUGGUGUUCUCAACAUUGUUGUGCCUGGGCUGGCGCAUCCCUCUCCCGACCAGGUGACCUGGGAGUGAACAGUGGGGAAGAGCUGCAGCUCACCACCACCAUCACCCACGUUGAUGGACCGACAGAAGUUUACAAACUGGCUCGGAAGGAGGCCCAGGAAUAACUCCAAGAACACCUCAGCUUGCAGACAAAGUGAAGUACAGUACCCAGAAUGAUGCGGCAUCUUUCUUGAUGAAACGUCUGAAAUAACUCACUGUAAAAAUGCCCAGUAUUUAUAGCAUAUUUUCACAGAGCAGUGGCACUCAAUAGAACAUUUGUAAACUUUCUUUUAAUAUGGUGUAGUUAUACUGGGGGGAGGGAUAUGUAUUCUCUACUGCACACGCAGCUAUGCUAGAAAAACUCUAAGGUUACAAAGUCGAUGUUCAAAAGUUAGGUGGUACCAGAGCUCAGCUGGUCUGUGCAGCCUUAAUUUGGCCCCCCUGUGUGUAUGCAUCACAAUGUGGUCACAUAUUGCUCCCACCCUUCUACACCUCAGCCCAGCCCCUGCCAAAUCCAUGCACAGAGUAUUAUUCUUUGUGCAAUGUCUUACUUGAAUGAUCUCAAACUGAAAUCAAUGACAUACAUUAAGUUACAUUAUUGUGUAGGCACGUUGACCCUCAGAAUUGAAUCAUCAGCCACAUUCAGGGCUUUGGAUUUGUGUGACCGUGAGCUAAGGGCAUUUGGCAACAGGGGGAGUAGGCUGUUGUCCUGUAUGUGGACUGACUGCUAGGAAGCUUUGCCAGUAACUGCCCCCUCACUCCCAUCCUUUCCACUGCACUUUCCCAACCCUUUCUGGUUUCCCCCAACUGGCUUCUUGCUGCUAUAUUCCAGUGUGGCUCAUUCACUUCUGUGAUGUCUAGGUGCCAGCAGGGAGUGAAGGGGUGACAGUCUCUCUGCUCUCUGUUCCUAGACCUGACCUCAGAGCCACCUGUAGAAGCUGGGAGGAAUAAUGCAGCAAGGUCCUCUUUAGCCCCUGCAACUCCAGGGGUAGAGGUGUGUUCUUUGGAGAAUCUAGCUGCCCCAUUUCAACUAGUGUCCGUACAAGAGCUCUGUUUUUUUCAGAACUUAUGGGAGCAGUAAAUGGGGAAAAGAUGGCUGGGAGGAGGGGACUGGGAGAAAGUGUCCGAAGUAGAGGGAUGCAAAGAUGAAAUAGGGUUGGUGCAGCAGGGGAUAAGAAUCGGGGUGGGGUGGCAGUCACGGACAGGUCUGUGCCUGCUGGAGCACGUGACCUUCAGAACCUGGAGUGUUGCAUUCCUCUGCUGUCAGGAAGCAUCUACGAGAUCUGGCUAAUAAUGCUCACUCCCCCUUCAGGCUUGGUCCACCUAGAUGACAAUCUACUUCCUCAGAUGGCAGAGAUUUGCAUUUUGAAAUUAAAGGGUGCCUAUACACAAGCAGCAAGGCUGGUCCAAUGCGCUGUAAUUACAACAUGUUAGAGCAGACUCGAUUAAUCAGGUCUGCUGGAGUGUGGUAAUUACCAUGCUCCAGCAGACUCCAGCAUCUCAUAUAUUCACGUCCCCAUGCUUAAAAAUGGCAGUGGGGAAACUUUUAACUAAAGCUUGUUGAAUGACCUUUAGUUAAAGCACCCCCGCCAUGAUUUUUAAGGGCAGGGAUGUUGAUGCAUGAGAUGCUCUAGGCGUUUUCAUUAGUGCAGCGCUUGGAGCCACUUUUAUUAAAGUAUCCCCCGCCCUCCCAGAGCCCAUGUAUAAAGGUUCCAAAUUUGCUGAUAACUUUUGUAGAAAGUUCUUCAUGUAAAACUUUUUUUUUCCCCCCCCAAUUAUUUUUGAGUUCUGGGAAAGUGCAGGCAUGCAUGCGCAUGUGCAUUCUGUUAGGUGAACACUAAGGUUACCAAGUCAAGCACUCAGAAGCUAGGAAAUGCUGUGAUGAAGGUUGCCUGUGUAACCUUAAUGCAGCACUCUCUUUAGAUGCUGUCUUAUUAGAAUACUGUCUUCAACUGUGUGAUCAGUGUGAUUGUUUUCCUGCAGGAGCCUUGCCUCAGUGAAGCAUAGGACAGUAUAUGCGCUGUGGAUGAAUCGAGGAUAUGUAGCGAAGAAUGUCCUUGUGUGUAGAACCACUGUCAUUCGUGUUGUCCCUGGUUCCAGCUGGACUAUAUUUGCAAAUGUGUUCUGCACUGAACAGCUCCAGCUGAAGUCAAACAUGGCUGAGCUUUAAGCACAAGGGCUAGUACAAAAAUGCUAAAUAAUCUUAAUCAGGCUUUAGAUCUCAGUUUGGGCAUCCACAAUUAUCAAAGGCUUUUGACAGUUUUAGCCAUAACUUCUGUGCCUCAGUCUCCCAUCUGUAAAAUGGAGGUGAAGUUUAUCUAUAUUUGCAGUGGUGUUUGUGUUGGCUACUAUGGCUAACAGUAUAGGAACACCCAGGAACAAAUUAAUUUUCACCUAGUGCUAGGUUCAUUUGUCUCCAGGAAGGACUACACUUUCAAAAGAGGAUGAUAACAUAACAUUAAGAAGUAAGGUUCCUGUAGAGAAAAGUAGUGUUCAGUAAUGUAAUUGAUUAGUAUCAUCAUGCAUAUGCAAAAGGACACCAAAUUAAGGUUACCCAGGCAACUGUACGUGUGACUUUUUGUAAUUUUUGAAUGUUUGACUUUGCCACUUGAACAUUCUUUUUAACAGAUUUUUAUGUAAUAUUUAUGUACUUUGAAUAAAUGCCUUCAUGAAUUCUUUUAUAGUUUAGUGUAACAUUUGUAUUUUGUAAAGGUUCUUUACAAAAAGGGCAUUGCAGCUUUAAAACCAAAUCUUGUGCGUCUCACACUAACAAGUCUGUUACGAUGUAGAUAUCUUUUUCUGUUUGCAUAACUACUUAUCCCUACUUAUAUGUCCCAGAAACAGUCCAUGGGUCUUACUAAAAUGUGUUUUUCUUUUUUGUUUGGUUUUGUUUAUGAUGUGUUCACUUUUUACAAAAUGCUUUAAGCAACCUGGAAAAAUGUAGAUUCGUUAAUUUAAAUAAAAUAUACAAUGUUGUGAU